AAUGUCCUCAAACGGAAGCUAUCCGCGAGACACGAUGGCGAAGAUGCUCUGGAGCCGGGAACCGGGCCCAAGAAACGGACCAUGAGCCUCGUCAUCUCCAUACCCGCAGACGCCGACGUGAAGCUGAAGCAGGAGAUCCACGAAAUCCUGGGCAGCGGCGAACACGACCCCUCGUCGCCCACCCCUUCCAUCUUCGCCGAUCUCCCGCCGUUCGAGCAGGACGGCCUGGACGAAGGAGACUCGGCAGGCACCGACUCCGACUCCCUCUUCGACUCGUCUGACUCGGACGAAACCGCUGCAUCGUCCAACAUCACUGCGACCACCGUAGGCCCCGCAAGCCGCACCGCGCCGCCCGUCCCGGGGCUCUUCUUCGACCCCACCCUCCUGCUCCCGCCCGACCUCGCCGCGGACGUCUUCACGCAGUGCAUGUCCACCUACUUCACGCACCCCUCCGUCAACCAAGCUAUGCUAUUCGCGCGCGCCGGCUCCUCCUCGCUCCCGCCGUUCCUCUCCUCCCUCCUCACGCACCUCGCCGCGCUCCUCCGCCCCGCGCUCCCGCCAAACACCCACGACCUCCUGUUCGCCGCGCGCGGCCGCGCACGGCAGGCGAUCGUGAAUCUCUACCACCCCGGCGAGGGCAUCACCCCGCACGUCGACCUGCUCGACCGCUUCGGGGACGCGAUCGUCGGCGUGAGUCUGGGCAGCGGGUGCGUGAUGGACUUCGCAAGGGCGGGGGAUAGGGAGGAGAGGUACGCGGUUUAUCUCCCGCCUAGGAGCACGAUUGUGAUGUGUGGGCCGGCGCGGUAUGACUGGACGCAUGGGAUCGAGAAGCGGGGCGAGGAUUUUGUGGAGGGGGAUGGUGAGGGUGUGCCUGCGGAGGUGCUAAAGAGGGGGGUGAGGAUCAGUGUGACGUUUCGCUGGCUGCUGCCGGGCGCGGAUGUUGUAGGAUCGGAGACUGUGACGGAAUAGCGUUAUGAGGAACCUUGUUCAUCGGGUGGUGUAUUUGUGCUUCAUUUGUGGUUGAGUCAUGGGACUAUUGUAUCUGUUGGACUUGUCAGUUAAUGUACACCGGGAAUAUAUAGAGGGACUCACCAUACAUGAAAUGCAGCCA